AUGUCUACUGAGACAGUGACUAUCAAACGAAAUCCAGCGGAUUCUAUGGUGUCGACCUGGCGCCAGGAUCGAUCCCAAUGGAACUUCUGGCACUGGAUGAUCGAACUGCUUGGUCUACACCUCGUUGACCUUGACGGAGAGGUGCCGGUAUUCUCCAAGAAAGAUAAAAUCCCCGCCACACGGGAAUGGUCCCUUCACCUGUGGAUCCUACUCCACGCCGCGAUCCCGCUGGUCCUCCACCAUGCCUACACGACAUAUACCGGAAAGAACCUGGGUAUUCUGGCGGCGUUUGGACUAUACUCCAGUGCUUUCAAGCUGAAUGGGAUUCAUGAAAUGCACAUCAUGCGUAGGCUCGGUCAGCGAUACGGCUUCUUGGACGGCGACAAACACCCUCGUGACGAGAUUCCAGAUGUUGGAGUGGGCAAGGUCAUUCGAGAACUUAUUUCAACAUCAUCGGUUCGUAUGGUUAUGGCCAUAUAUCUGACCUACCGAACGAAUGAGACACCCAGUUCGCUUGAAUGGAAAUGGCUGCCUUUGGAGAUCGGUCUCUACAGCAUUACUGUUGACUUCUGGUUCUACUGGUAUCAUCGCAUGAUGCACUCGACCGGUUCUCUAUGGAAGUACCACCGCAGACACCACUUGACCAAGCACCCCAAUCCAUUGCUGUCGGCCUAUGCGGACCACGAGCAAGAGUUCAUGGAUAUCACUGGUAUCCCGCUUCUUGCGUACGGAACGUUGAAGGUUCUGGGACUACCCAUGGGGUUCUACGGCUGGUGGAUUUGUUUCCAGUAUAUUGCAUUCUCUGAGUUCAUUGGUCAUAGUGGACUUCGACUGCAUGGCGGUGCACCCUCGACCGUCAACUGGUUGUUGGAACUAUUUGAUGCGGAGCUGGUGAUUGAAGAUCAUGAUCUCCACCACCGGUAUGGAUGGAGAAAGAGCCAUAAUUACGGAAAGCAGACACGUCUCUGGGAUAGAAUUUUUGGGACUUGUCAUGAUCGCAUUGAAAGUGUCAAAGAGAAUGUUGAUUACGAGAACCGUGUCACCAUGCCUUUGCUUUGA